AUGUCCAAAAAGGGCAAGAAAGGCAAAAAAGGAGAAGAUAAUGAUGAAUCCACUACCCAAAUCAUGAGAUUUUACAAUAGGAAGAUCCAAAGUCUUGGAGUGGCAUAAAACAAAAUAUUUGUUUAAGCAGUUGCAUAAGCAAUAGAAAAUCAAGAGCAUUUAACCACUCUUCACAUCAUUGAAGAAAUUGGACCCAAUGCAAUUAGAGGUAUUUUUGAGGCAUUAAUGGAUCUAAAUUACAAGCAUUUGGCCAACAUCUGGCUAGUGAAAGCUGGUCUUGGAUUAAACAACAAUGAAGGUGUCAAAUAUUUGGCAAAUUAUAUUUAGAAGGCUUAGAAUACUAAAGUAUUGGAUUUGACAGAAAAUGAAAUCACUCCACAAGGAUGCAUUUCUCUCGGUUAUGCCUUGUCACCUGCUUUCAAGGUUCCCAUAUAGGAACUCAUUCUUGACUUUAAUUAUAUUGGUUGUGAGGGAAUGAAAGAAUUAAGCAAGGGAUUGGAAAUGAAUACAACAAUUAGAAAACUGUCAUUAAACUAUUGUAGAUUAGAUUUAGAAAGCGUUAAAUAUAUUUAGGACAUUUUAUCUUUUGUUGAUUGCGAUUUAAGAUAUUUAUUUUUAGAGGGAAAUUUUCUGAGAAAUCAAGGUGUUUAUUAGUUGUUUAGAGCCCUAGAAACUAAUGAAUGGUUAGAGGAAUUGAAUAUAGCUAAUAAUCAAUUUGGUGAGUCUGAAGAUGUCCCUCUUAUUGAAAAAAUAUGCGAAGUGUUAACUAAAAAUAAUUCUAUACAAGUCUAUGAUUUUAGAGGAAAUGCUUUGUAUGAUGAUUCCGCCAAGAAAUUCUUAGAGUGUAUCAAAAUGUACAAAACAGUUUGCAGACUUGAAGUUCCUAUUGAAAUUUAAAAUGCAAUUCUUGAAGAAAUCAAAAAGGUGACAAAAAAAAGAAAGAGAAGAAAGAAUAAGAAGAAAAAGUCUAAGAAAAAGAAAAAAGCUAAAAAAUGAUUACCAUUAUCAUUCAGAUUAUAUUGUUAUUAUAAUUAACUAAUAAAA